CAAACAACCGAACACCGGUCGAAGCGAACAAAGAAGGAUACACAGAGGGAUCCACAAACUCCAUCAUGUUACCAACACCCUCGCGUGGUAUCAGGUGCACACCGACACUUUCUUGGUGCUUGGUACUUGCCCUGUUUGUCCAGCAGAGCUUCAUUCGUUCCCUCGAUGCGCUGGUCGUCCCUCUUUCUGCCGCAAAACCCGCAGAAUCGCUCGCGGGGGUUUCGGUCCAAAAGGUUUUUCCCGAACACGACAGCAGUGCGCUGGACAUUGGUGCAGAGCUCAGCGGUAUCACCGGCGACGGGAAAACGAUGGUGGUGCUUGGAACCUAUGCGGGAGACUUCAACACAAUCGAAUACAUGCAGAAGAUCCGGGCAUUCCUGCCGGAACUUCAAUCAAGGGGGGGCAUUGAUCGGAUACUCAUGGUCGUCAACGGCGAACCGACGCAGUGCAAACUCGUGGCAAGACUCCUCGACUUUCCCACAGGCGGGGGAGGAGUCGAAAUCGAGUUGCUGUCCGAUCCGCACGGAGAAGCGGGCAGAGCAUUCGGAGUCAGYAGGGGCUUCCGGCCYGACGAYGAUUCCCUGUCGCCUUUUGUGAAACAAUUUUGUUCGGGAAUCGGGAUCGGACCGCCGUGGAUGACCUUGCCAGCGGUUCUCCCGGGAUAUUUCGGCGACCCCAACGGACGGAGGGAGUGGAUCGAGGAGUCCCUGAAGCAGGGGCAGCUUUCUGGACGCUGGCCCUCGAUACUGGAACUCGACGAAAAYGACGAAAACAGGAUCCUUGCGAACAAGUUCGACGAUGCCCCACUAGGCGUCGGGAAAUGGGGGCGGAGGCCCUUCGAACUGGCAACCCUGCGCCUGCAGAGCCUMGUUGGCAUCCAGAUCAAGCACUGGUCGGAGCUGAAGCCGGUCGACGAUCGCUGCCUGACGCAACACGGUGGGUGCACCGUUGUAGGAAAAGGUGGAAACGCUUUAUACUCGUGGGUAGACCGAGGGCUUUGUGACGUCCCGGACUUGCACGAUAUCCUAGACGCGCUUUCGGCAGUCAAAAAGGAAUAAAUCUAUAGCGCAGUUUCUGACUAACUCUGGGAAUAUUGWAAAAAAAGAUUUCGCAUUGU